CCGCAGCCAGAUGGCUAACAAUGUAGUAGCAACUUAUCUGUUGUCCGAUGAUGGAUUUACAGUAACACACUUCCUUUAUCUUUACAGCCUCGAGUAACGGUAGGCAAACAGCCUCGGGAACAGAAUACAGAGCUGUAGUAACUUCAAAGUCGAUGGCGCUUUGAACUUCAAGGUUCUGAUGCAUCUCAGAGUCUGCUCCUAGCCCUGUGCUACAUCCAUACAGCUGGUGAAAGCCCUCCUGCCCUUCUGUGGGUGACCAUCUCACCCCACCGCUCUGUUUGAGCACUAGGGGGCGCUGUGCCGAAAGACUUCACACCAGGGCAGUGUGGGAAUACCGUGAGGAAAAAGGGAUGGCUCUGUGCUGACUGCAGUGAGCUCUGAGGUCUGAGUCGGAGUGAUGCAGCUGAAAAAAAAGCUGACAAAACGGCCUGCUCGUUAGUGAGCGGGGUUAAGCCAUGGAAGAUCUGACUCUCGUCAGCGGAAAGAGGAAGCUGUCCCGGACACCGGGAUCGGGUCACCUGUGCUAAGGUGGCUCUGAGACAGGGCGUGGUCACAGGUAGGUGGCGGCCGGUUGAAGGAGGCGUGGCUAUGGCAGGGGGUCACAGGUGGGCUGCGUGCUCGGGACGCCCCUCCUCCGCCAGCUCGGAGGGGUCGGGGGCGAGCUGGGAGGGGGGGGACGAGGACUUCUACAGCCAGAUGGACGAGAACGGCAUCAUCGGGCUGAAGGAGGUGGUGCAGGACGACGAUUCGGAGGGAGGCGCAGCCCUGACCUGGGGCUCAGAGGGGGACCCGCCAACCCCCGCGGAGCACCACCUGCCGGACCAGAGCUUCCACCUGAGUGAGCUGCAGGACUCCCUGUCUCCUGGAGAGGACAGCCACGCCCUGUCAGUCUAUGACCUGGGCGAGCGUACUCCACACAGCGGGGGCAGUGGGACAGAGGAAGAGGACCGCAGCUGGCUGACCCACAGGCUGACAGAGACAGACCCGCAGAUGGACCUGACAGACGAGGAGAGAGAGGAGGGGGAGGAGGACGAGGAGGAUUUCAGCAGGAACAGCGACCCUCUGGGCUGCUCUGACUCGCUUUGCUCAGACUCAGAGGAGUCCAGGGAUGGACACUGCUGGAGGGGGAGCCCCAAACUCCCUCAGGGAGAGGACCCCAGUCUGGCGGGAUGUCUUCAGGACGGUGACGUGGCAGAGGUGCACAUGUCGGAGCCCAGUGGGGACUCUCAGGGGGAUGAAAACGAGGGGUCACGGCUGAGGGACGCCCUAACUGCACUGCCCCCGUCCUCGCCUCUGCGUCCGCCACUGACCGCAGGGGGUCACAGGGAGCGCCUCACAUGGCACGCCAGCACCCCCGCCGACCUGCAGCUCCUCCACCUCGGCACAGAAGAGCCAGCCGCCGGCGCCGGGUUCGAGGGUUUGGCAGAGAGCCUGACAGAGUCGUGCAGCAGUCUGGAGAGCCACGCCUCCACAGCGGGCCAGCUGUGUGAGUCUGAGGGAGACGGGUCCCCAGACGGACUGACCUUCACCACUGUGUCCCCCCCUCCAGGGCUCAGACAGGAACGCUGUCCAGGAAGCAGGGUGGAGGAGGCGGAUGAUGAGGAAGAGGAGGAGGAUGAUGAGGAGGAAGAGGAACAGGAGGAGGAGGAGGAGGAAGAGGAUGGGAGGGCACAUGAGGAAGCCACCAGGACUAACCCUCCUCCUCUGUUACCAGAGAAACUAAAGACAAAACAUCAUCACGCACCUCAUGAAGCCCCGCCCUCCCUCACACUCCAGCGCGCUCAUGAGGGGAGAUCAUCACCUUUAAACUCCACCCCCUGUCGGACUGUAUCUCCGAGAGUCCGCAGGGGACACAGUGCCCUCGGAAAGGGCUCCCCCAAACCUUCAGGAGCGAGCCCAGUCAGGAGCAGCCAGGACAGUGGCAGCAGGUACGGUAAGGGGCAGCUGAACUACCCGCUGCCAGACUUCUCCAAGGUGGAGCCGAGGGUUCGCUUCCCCAAAGAGGGGUACAGGCCUCCCAGGAGUAAGGGGAGGCCCCGAAAGAAAGGCCCGGGCUCAGAGCCCCCGCUGGUCUUCAAGUCUCCCGCUGACAUUGUGAGAGAGGUCCUGCUGAGCAGUGCUGACACCCCCUCGCCCCCCACGGGGCCCCUGAGACCCCCCAACACCACCCUGCCGCAGGAGUUUCGCUCCCCACAGCAGGCCACCGCCCUCGUCCACCAGCUGCAGGAGGACUACAGAAGGCUGCUGACCAAGUACGCAGAAGCAGAGAACACUAUUGACCGGCUGCGGCUGGAAGCUAAGGUCGGUUUGUACUCUGACCCUCCGAAGCCCAGUCACCCUGUCCACUCAGGCACACUCCACGUGGGUUCAAAGGUCGUGACCCUGACCUUUCCCCAGGCCCAGAGAGCAGAACUGGACCCCGGCGCUGUUUCCCACCUGUCAGUAACACCUGAUCCAGGAGAGAAGGGGGCCUCCCCUGGCUUUCCCUCAGCUGCGGCCUCCUCCUCUCCCUGCAGCCUGGGCCCUGGGUUUGGAGAGCGGCUGACUCAGGCUCUCUCCACUCAGGCUGAGAGGUUCCAGAUGCAGGUUGAGUCCUGUGAAGAGCUUCUGAGACGUGGGAAGCUCAAACCCUGCGAGCAGCUGAAGGCCCUGUCCCGCCUGGUCCAGGGUCAGGACUCUUUGGAGAGGGGUUACCUCGGGGCACGCGAGAAGCACAGACUGCUGCAGCUGCAGGGGAGAGAUGUGGGGCCCUUCGAUCCAGACAGGGAGCUGGAGGGGGAGAUUUUCCGAUCCGGAAUGCGUCUGGAGGAGCUGAAGGAGCACGUUCAGCAGGCAGCGCCGGUCCAAGCUGAUUCUGUGGCCCCGCCCUCACCGCCACCACCUGGGCUGGACACUACCAUAAGCCCCCUGAGGGCCGGCACCCCCACACCACAUCCUGAGAACCCAGCGUUUUCAGCGGGCAUGGCGGUGACUUCAGUCAGUGGAGGGAGCGAGGGAGAGGAGGAGAGAAGCGGGGAGGAAGAGCUGCCCCGCCCCCGUUGUGUGCUGCAUCACAGACACCAGCACCAGGAGAUUGAUCUCAGCCACCUGCUGGACAGCGGUCUGAAUUUAGGGGAGGUGCCGCAUCUGCUGGACUUUGGUCAGGGAGAGGGGUUCCCAACCUCUGCUGCAGCACACGCCUUGUCCCCUCAGGAUUAUGGGAUACCUAUGGAGCCCAGGAGGACUGAAAGAGAUGGGAGGACUGUGGCCCAGCUGCCACCAGGGGGAGCUAAAGAGGCAUUUUUGGCUUCACCUCCUGGACACACAGGCCUCCACCAUCAUCAGCCCCUCCCCCGUUCCCCUGCGUUUCCACGGCAACAGGGUCAGGAGCUGAAGGGGGUCGCAGUGAAGUCUCCCAGCAGCAGCAUGGCAAGCGUGGGAGAGAGCGCUCCCUCCGAGGGUCGAGCGUCCCAUCUGCAGAACGCGUUCAGGACAGCGCCCCUUCAGGAUGGAAUCUUGUCUCCUGAAACAGACAGCGGCUUUGUGGGCUCAGAGAGCAGUCACCUCACUGUUGCAGCGCAUGGUCCUGUCCAGCAGAGGGCGAGAGCGAGUGAUUCUGCUGCUCUGGAAGAAGGAGGAGGGACGAGGCCGCCAAUCUCUGUUCAGCCCCGCCCAAGCUCCACCCUUCAGGGACACACCUUGCAGGACAGCUCCAGGGUUGCCCGGGGCAACGCCGGGGGUCCGCGGUUAGGAGGGAGGGGCGGGCGUCCCCCACGCAGCCCAUCUGCCGCCAGCUCCCCCCGCCAGUGGCCCAGCAGUGUGAGCAGCGAGUGUGACCCAGAGAGCGACCGCACUCACGGUGUGUCUGAGGGAGAAGAAGUUUGCCAUGGUGUCCGUCACACCCAAACAGCCAAUCAGCAGCUACGCCAUCAGAGGAGCCCCUCCCCCACUGUCUUACAUCACUAUAGCGACCCUGUCAGAGUCCGUGGCUCAGAACAGCCAACUGGUCGACAUCAGGCCCUCCGGUCCCUGCAGACUGAAGUGAGUAGGUUGAGGGAGCAGCUGGAGGGCAGUCUGCGGAGGACUGGGCAUUCACUCUCCACUACAGUGCCCCCUGCAGGCUUGGGGGACCCGCUGCAAUCCCAGCACAGCGCUCCAUACUCCAGGAUUACUCAGCACCAGGCCGGUAAUGAGAGAGCGGAGGAGGAAGAGGAGGAAGAUGGAGAGACAGAGCAAAGAGAGAGGAAUGCAGAAGCUCCCAGGCCGACCCCUCGGAGGAGACCCUCUGUCCCUCGAUUGAAGCCUGAGCUGGAUAUCACUAGCGAUUCUGAGCAUGUCCAGUUCACCUCCAAGCCACACGUCGCUAGGGGUAUCCCAGAAUCCUCAGCAACCCAGAGGGGGAGGAGGAGGGCCAGAACAGAAGCUGUAAAGCACAGAGGGCCCUACACAGGUCAGCAGUGGAGCUUCACAGCAUCUGGAGGCCGUGAGGACGUUGAUCAGAGGGAGGGGCGUAGCUUCCUGCAUCCACAUGGCGCGUCACACAGCACUGUGGAGCCGCCCGGCGGGAAGGGCAGAGCAGGGGGCGUGUCCGCCACCCACCCCCGCUCUGGUCGCCGCCCACGAGCCCAGGGUUCGAGGCUCGGCAGAGACAGAACGAGGCCAGGAAAUAAUGGCCAUUCAACAGAAAGAAGCUCUGGCUCAACCCCAAGAAGUACCGAGCCAAUAGGCUCUCCCCACAGGGGUGUGUUCGUGGCAGCCCCGCCCCCUCCUGUUCCAGGCAGCGUACCAUUGGUGCAGUGUGUUCCAGUCUGUCCGUCAGUGCUAUAUUACUCCACCCCCGCCCCUGUCUCCAUGGUCGCACCUCCUUAUCCUCAGCCCUUCUACCUGUCAUUGGGUGGUGGGGCAGGAGGAGGCGGGGCGUCGCGGUUUGACCCCGCCCCCUCAGCGGAGCAGUCCCUGAGCAGGUCUCUGAGCCGCGCCAUCGAAGCCGCCCGCUGCAUGAGGGUAGCGUCCCAGCGCAUGGCCCGCUCGCUCUCCACCAGCCUCCUCCACCAGGGGGCGCCGUCUCAGACCUGCCUGCACUGAGAGAGCUGGACAGCAGGGGGCACCAACACUGACCCUCGGCUCCACCUCCUCAAUCUCAGGGGUCACCUCUGCAUGAGGCUUUUUUGUGCGUUUUUCACCAUCUGUUGUUCGUGAUCACAUAUCCCUUCGAUUACAGGUGUUGCCAAAUGUGUUAUUUAUUUUUUAAAUGUGUUUGUGUUUCAGUGUUCUUCACCAAAUCACAUUGCUUCCACUCAGCCAUCCUGUGUGGCCUGCCCUGAUUGAGCUGCUGCUGUUAAUAGCAAUGCCGAAUCAAUAGUAUUGAUCCCAGCCAUCUCCGUCCUGGUUCACCGGGAGUUUCCUUCUUGCUGUUCUCGCCGUUGUUACUCAGCACAGAAAAAUGGAAUCCAGUUCUCUCUGUUCUCUCCGGUUCUCACCUUUGCGUCCGCGUUGACUUUGCUCAGAUCUCUGACAGCUUCGUGUGCAUCUCUCGGGGGCUUUGUGCAGACAGCCUGCCAGCUCUCCCAUCACCUUCGUCAGAUCUCCCUCAGCUUUGUUUGAGUUUCCGGUGUUUUUCUCCCAGGUGAGGGAGCGAUGCCUUUCCUCAGCAGGGCUCCCUGGCCCAGUUUCACAGAAAGUGGGAUCACUUUUGAGGAAACUCUCACACCAGUUAAAUUAAACCAAGAAAAUAAGUUGUUUUUUGCUUUUUUGUCCUGUGUAUGUUGCAUUGAUAACUCAUUAUACGCUAUCAGGUAUAUUUAGGCUAAAAUAGUGGCAGCUGUGAAUUAUUGUUGGCAGCAUAGAAAUGCUGCUUUUCAUAAAAUGGUUAGAUUUUUCUAAAUUAAUUUUUAUACCUUUGAAAAGGGUUAAGAGAGCUUUGUUCCUGCUGUAAAGUAAUUCCUAAAAAUGAUGAUGGUCAUCAUGCGCUUGUGUAAUACAUGAUUACAAAGUAACAGUAAUCAUUAACACAUGUUAAAACCCCCCUUUUCACUCGCAGUAUUCAAAAAUGAGAUACAGAGGCUACAAAGUACCUGUGAGAUGCUUUCAUUUUUUAACAUUCAUUGACUUAAUUUAUUCAUUUGCUUUGUGUAGUAAGUCUUUUGUAGUACAGUGUAACAGACUUUUGUGUUUGUAAAAACCCUUUGUGGCCUCUGGGAUGUGUGUCCUUAGUCACAUUCCCGUGCAUCUCUGGUCAUUUUAUCUCUGUUAUGUAAUAACCUGUUCUUUGAUGCAGCUUCACUUGGGAAGCCAUGUCCCAAAGCAGAAUGUGAAAAGUAUUUUUUUGAAUGGAGGCAGUUACUAAGAUAUUUUUGUAUUGAUCUGAAGCAGUAAUAGUUUUAUAUGUUUCUUUUAUACAUUAAUGUAAAAAUGUAAAUAAUCUGACCAUUUUAUACAGAAUAAAUAUUUCGGCAAGUUUA